AUGCAUCCUUUCUCACGCGGGCGUAGGCCGUGGCCUCUCUCGCUGUGGGCGCUGGGUCACAGAGCGACGGCACAGUCAUCCACGCUAAACUUCACCAACUCUACCGCUCUAGGCUAUGAUCCGGUGCGUUACAUGUGUGCUCGCUGGGAGCAUCAAACUGUUCUGAAGGGCGAUGUCCUGUAUAUCGAUGGCGGUCUGGAGACCAUCUACGACGGCGAUGAGAGAUGGACGGAUGAGUUCUAUCUUGGAUUAAAUUACUACUUGCUUGGCGUCAACAUGUCUCAAAGCUGGAAUUGGGAGCACAACAUCUCCAUCUCCAUCUGGAACAAGUCGGCCUCAACACCCAGGCCGCCCACCUCGCUCCGUGGCCACCUCUUCCAGGGCCUCCCCGACGACCCGGCCAUCUACCUCUACGGUGGCGCCGACUUUGCGAGCAACAUGUCGCGGCACAACUACAGCAGCCCCAACGCCGGCCUGCUGUGGACCUACGACACAGCCGAGCGCAGCGACUGGGCCACCAUCGAUGUCAGCAAUGCCAGCCCCUGGCAGCCGAGCCGCGGCGCGCAUGCCGAAGCACCCGACCUGGGCCUGGCGUUUUACCUGAACGGCGAAGCGGGUGACGUCGAAUCCGUGGAGGCGUGGGGGAACUUAUCAACACAAGUGGCGCAUCUGGAAGGUAUGCUCGUGCUAGACACGACCAAUGCGACCGGUCGGACGGCGUGGAAUGUAUCGACCGAGGCCAUGACGGGCGGUACGCCAAGAUCCGGGGCGGGCAUGGUAUACGUAUCCGGGAUGGGAGAGAGCGGAGCGUUGGUGCUGAUUGGGGGCAUCGCAAGAGAACCGCUCGUCACCGACGACCCUGCUUCAGGAGAGCUGAUCAACCUCAGCGAAAUCCAAAUCUGGGACAUCGCCUCCUGGCUUUCCUCCCCGGCCGCCGCCGCCGACGACGGCACCAACACCAACCCCAACAACGGCACCUGGUACGCCCAGACCGCCACGGGCACCAUCCCCGCCCUCCGCACCGACUUCUGCCUCGCCGCCGGCGCCGCCCCGGACCGCUCCUCGCACAACAUCUACCUCUACGGCGGGCGCAACCCAAAAUCCAACACCCUCUACGACGACGUCUACGCCCUCUCCCUCCCCUCCUUCACCUGGACCCGCCUCUUCUCGGGGCAGUCCCCCCGCUGGGGCCACUCCUGCCACCUCGUCCCCAACACCACCCAACUCGUCACCGUCGGCGGCUCCCUCGACGCCGAGGACAGCCACGCGACGUGCGACUGGGAGUGGCGCGGCGUCGCCGUGCUCGACGUGUGGACAGUCACGUGGAACAGCGCUUUUGACGCUGGAGCCCGCCCGUACAAGGUCACGCAGGGCGUGGCGGAGGUGGUGGGCGGGGGCGAUGCGGGCGGCGCGACACUGUCGGCGCCGGCGGGUGGGUGGCAGACGCCGGGGUUGGAGGCGCUGUUCGUCGAGCAGCGCGGUGGUGGUAGUAGUAGUAGUAGCACGUCUACCGCCGACGUGGGGGGAGGGAAUAGUGGUGGUGGUAGCGACACAGGCGUUGUUGUGGGCGGAGCCGUCGGCGGGGUCGUGGCGGGGAUCGUGCUCGUCGCGGUGGCGGGUGGGUUGCUCUUGCGGUGGCGGAGGGGGAGGCGGAAGAGAGACACACCUGCGGAGCUGGAUCAUGAGAAUACGCAAAGGCAUGAGGUUGUCGGGUCGAGGCUGGAUAAGCCGUGGCGCCGCCGCAAGGGGAGCGAUGACGCCGAGGACGUGGUGCCGGCCAGCGCGGUUGCGCGUGCUGAUGCGGAGUUGCCGGAGGAUGUUGCUGCGGUGGAGAUGGAUGGCGAGGAUCACUUUGAGAGGAUUGCUGAGCUGGAUGCGGGGGCGGAUGUGGCGAGGUUUGAGAUGGCUGGGAGUGGGGCGGAUGGGAGGGAGCGUGAAGGGUUGGGGGAGGAGGGAGAGCAUAGAGAGAGGAGCGGCAGGGGAAGGGCUGGAGAUAGGGAUGGGGAUGGAAAUAGGGACGGGAACAGGGUUGCGGAUGUGAAAGAUGUCGCUAUGGAGUAG